AUGUCCCUCAUUCGGCACCACAGGCGACAUCAUUCUUGGCCUCAUUGUGGCUCAGAGACAUGCGCACGUGCAUCAUGUAAUCCUCAACUGUGCGCGAGCAACCUCGCACUUAGCGGGGAGACGAUCUCUCCAUGGCUGACGACGGCAUUUCCACCUUUGCCGGAAUAUGGUGUCCGCGAGGGAGAUGAAGGCGACGACGAUGCGGAAAUGGCGGGGAUUACGCGAAUGCAGCCGCCCCGAAUCUACCGUCUAUGGAACCGACCAUUUUCGAGAGAUCGAGGUGAGGAUCUGUUGGUGUCGCCUACCACGAUCAAAUCGCAGAGAUCCGGUCACCGGGGCGUAUUGCGCCGGCUGAUCCGUCGCCCGCCGCUGGAUAAAUCGCGGUCGCUGUUCGUUAUGCCAACCACUCGGAAGGUGGGGGACGAGGAAAGGUUUGUCUCGGGUUGGGUGCCAUCUCAGCGCAUCACUGGACCGGUGACAGUGGUUGAGCGAACACCAAAGGUGCUGUCCCUGCCGUCAGUGAAGAAGGAAGGGUUUCUGGUUGGAGAGCGGCGCCAUCGCCGGUGCCAUUCGGAGCAACCUCGGUCAUGGAGGGAGCCCAGUGCGAAUUUGUGGCCUCUGCAAGAGGAGUCCUGA